UAGCUUCCCAACAAGGGGGUUUACACAAACUCAAUUGGGUUUAGGGUUCUUCAAAACUACGGCCUUUGAUCUCAAUUGUUCUUCAAACUCAAUUGUCAUUCAAAACUACGGUCUUUGACCUCAAUUCGCGGAUUCCUGAAUCACAGAAACGAUUUUAUCGGCAAAUGUGUGGAGAGAUUGAAAUUGUUCGAUGCUGGUAUCUACAAUUAGGUCAGCAUCUCGCCUAAAUCUCUCCAGAUAUCUCCAAUUUAUUCGAUUGCAAUCAGUUCCUUCGCUAGCUCAUUCCACUCCUUAUUUUUCGGAUUCCGGCUCCGAGGAGCUGAAUUCCGGCUCGGAGAAUGAUGUUGCCGUAACUAAUCACGGCGGGAAUGAGAAUUGUUUGGGAUUGAGUUCACGCGAUGUCGUUCAGAUUCUGCAGAAUAUGCAAUCGGAACCGGAUUAUGCGUUAUCCUUUUUUAACCAGCUGAAGGAGAGGGGAUUUCAGCACGAUACAGGAAGUUACUUGGCUAUGAUCAAGUUACUCUGCCAUUGCCGCUUGGACCAAAAAUUGGAGUCUUUGUUUAAGGAUGUUGUGAAAUUGAAAGGGGGGAAUUUUUGUUUUGAGGUAUCGGAGUUGUUGGAUGCAAUUGGUGAGGAGGUGAAGGCUGCUGGUGGGCGUAGCUCCCUGAUUCGGGCGCUUGAUGCCAUGGUUAAGAGCUACGCUGGUUUAGAAAUGUUCGAUGAGGCGAUUGAGACUCUGUUUGUGACUAGAAGGCACGGUGUUCGGCCGUGUGUGUCGUUGUGUAACUUUUUGAUGAAUAGGUUAGUUGGGCGUGGGAAAGUGGACAUGGCUGUUGCUAUCUAUAGACAGCUGAAGAAUAUUGAGGUGGAGCCAAAUGUAUAUACUUUUGGGAUUGUAGUUAAGGCGUAUUGUCGAAUGGGGAGUUUGGGAGAAGCUGCUGACGUGUUUUUUGAGAUGGAGGAGGCUGGGGUGGUGCCUAAUUGUUUUGCCUGUACAGCUUAUCUAAAAGCACUCUGCAGUCAUGGCCGGUCAAGCUUAGCGUAUCAGUUUUUACAAGCUUGGGAUGCCAAAGGUGUCCCUGUGGAUGUUUAUGCUUAUACUAUUGUAAUUCAAGGCUUUGUUAGUCAGAAGAAUCUGAAAGAGGCGGAAAUGGUAUUACUUGACAUGGAGGAACAUGCGAUAGUGCCUAGCAAAGUUAGCUAUCACGCUUUAAUCCGGGGGUAUUGUGAUUCUGGGGAUAUCGUUCGAGCCUUGGGUAUCCAUGAUGAGAUGGAGAAAAAGGGUUUCAGAACUAAUUGCUGGAUACUCUCUUCGAUUCUUCAGUGCUUGUGCCUGAAAGGCAUGUAUUCUGAAGCAAUAAACUGGUUUGUUAACUCUAAGAAGCUGGGCAUCUUUCUCGAUGAAGUCAUAUAUAAUGUUGUUAUUGAUGCUUUGUGCAAAAUGGGCAAGUUAGAUGAUGCAAAAAGAUUGUUGGAUGAGAUGAAGUAUAAGAAACUCAGGCCAGAUAUUGUGCAUUAUACGACAUUGAUAAAUGGUCACUGUCUAAAAGGAAAUAUUUUUGAUGCUGUGCGUUUAUCUGUGGAAAUGAAACAAAGCGGCCUUAGAGCUGAUAUUGUUACUUAUAAUGUCCUUGCUGGUGGGUUGUCUAGAAACGGACUGCUGGAUGAGGUGUGUUCACUGCUUAAAGUGAUGAAUGAUCAAGGCUUGACUCCCAGCAGAGUCACGCACAACAUGAUUAUUGAAGGCCUUUGCUUAGCGAGGAAAGUGAAAGAAGCAAAAACAUAUUUCAUGAAUCUGGGAGAAAAGAGCAUAGAAAAUUAUUCUUCCUUGGUGAAUGGUUACUGCAAAUCAGGCAAGGUGAUCGAGGGCUUUAAAGUUUUUUGUGAAUUGUUUAACAUAGGCAUACUUAUAAGUAGGAAUUCAUGUGCAACACUUAUUAACAGCCUUUGUGUGGAAAAGGAAUAUAAAAAAGCUAUUGUAGUUUUUCAGGAUAUGCUUUCUACUGAUGAUGGCCCUAAUACAUCGAUAUGCACCAAUAUUAUAGCUGCUCUUUGCCACGCUAGAGACAUGGAAAAUGCCCGAUGGGCAUUUGACCAAAUGGUCGGUAGGGGAUUAACUCCCGAUGCAAUUAUCUACACCAUUAUUAUGAAUGGAUAUUGUCGAGUGAACCGCCUGCAGGAAGCCUUUGAUCUUUUAAGUGAUAUGAAGGCAAGGGGCAUGAAUCCUGACAUUAUAACAUAUACGGUAUUGGCUGAUGGGCUGAAUAAAAUAACUCUGAAAGAAAAUCGAUCUAGGAAACGUUCAGAAGGAAACAAGAUGGUAAAACAGGAACCUUCAACCUUUUUGUGUGAUGUGAAGGAGAUGGGAUUAAAGCCUGAUGUCAUUUGCUACACAGCACUGAUUGACAGUCAUUGCAAGUCAGGGAACCUUCAAGAUGCUGUUUCCCUUUUCAAUCAAUUGAUUGAUCAAGGUUUACUACCUGAUAUCGUUGCAUACACAGCCCUCAUUUCUGGUUAUUGCAAGCAGGGAAAUCUGGGCAAGGUUUCAACUCUUGUGAAUGAGAUGUUAUCCAACGGAAUGCGACCAGAUGACCGCAUUAUGGCAGCAUUGUAUGAUGGUAUCAUGAAAGCAAAGAAACUGCAGUUUCAGCGGAAAUAUUCUGAUUCCCACUCGGUGAAUGCUUCAUGGAUAUUUAUCCUGUAGGCAAAACCGCAAAAGUAAUCACAAGCUUGGUCCAGCUAUGCUACAACUGCAUGCGCUGGCAUUAAAGGAAAACUUGGUACUGAGAUAACUCAAGAUCUGGGAACAGAAUUCCAGGCAUCCGGCUAUUGAUUUCAUCGGAAUAUACUUGACUCACUCUGUUUCAGAUCGAUUGUAAAUUUACGUACAGCACUUGAUCAGAGAAGAUUGUGCAAGUUUGAGCUAUGUAGCUUCGGCUUCAAGUACGAUUCAUCAAUUCUAUUCUAGCUACUCCAAUCCAUUCAUGCAUGGAAGUUUCAAAGAACAGCUUCUGGAAACAUAAAUUCCUACAAAUUCAGUAUCUCUAUACUGCCACUAACGUCGUGGUGUGGUGUGGUGUUUGUCGAUAAAAUCUCACUUCACAGUUUGUUUCAUAUCCAUGCAGUGGUGCUGCUUGGACAUGCCCUGAAAUUUGCUCAUUUGCUGUUGCAGAUAUCUCCAGGGGUGUGGAGAGUUGCUUUAACGCGAGGUUUGAUGAGUUUGGAUCGAUCAAAAGAAGGCGGGCGUACUUCUUCUCCUUCUCUUUCUCCUUCUCCGGCAACGUAUAAAAGUUUCCUCCUCUUGUUGGGCAAUGGUAGAUGUAUCGCAUUUCGUUUAGACCUGUUUGUUAUCAUUCAUGUAUAUACCUAAUAUUUUUAUAUUUUGAAUCUUCCUGUUUGUUAUCA